AUGCAUGAAGCCAAACUCGGGCCUACACCAGUUGUUGGUGGACGACGUCUUAGCAUGUCUAAUGGUGAUCCUCUCUCUGAUCCCACUGAGUACCAUAUUAUUGUUGGUGCUCUUCAGUACUUAACCCUUACUCACCCGGACAUUGCCUUUGCUAUUAAUCAAGUUUGUCAGUUUAUGCAUCAACCCAUUACUGUUCAUUGCUCGAUGUUAAGUGCAUUCUUCGUUAACUCAAUGGCACGCUUACUCAUGGGUUACUUUAUUCGCCAAGAACUCUUCAUCUCAGUGCCUAUUCUGAUGCCGAUUAUGGCGGGGAUCCCAACAAUCAUCAUUCCACUAGUGGCUAUUGCGUUUAUUUGGUUCCUUGCCUUAAGCUUUGAUGUGACAAUAUUAGUGCUCUCUCUCUUGCCUCUAAUCUGGUGUUUCACUCUCACACUCGCCAUGUUGAGGUUGAUUAUCAUUUUUUUUCGUGAAAAGGUGGUGCACAAUGAGUUACUUGUUGCUUAUUGUUCUACCGUUGAUCAAAUUGCUGAUAUCUUUACUAAGGGUCUAGCUCUUGCUCGGUUUUCCUUACUUCAGUCCAAUCUGCAUGUGUUCCCUCACCCCGUCAGCUUGUGGGUGGUGUAA